UGUUUUUUUUUCACUUUUGAAUAGAGUUGGGAAGGAUAAAGAAUCCCGGUCAGGUUUUUACUGCUAUCUGGGGCUCCAUAAAUGAGAUUCCCCUCACAGAAAUACUAUAUAUUGUUAUUGUGGUACCUUAAAAUGCAUGCCUCAUAAAUUGAAAACCACGGCUAUAACUCAUAUAAAUUCAGGAACAAUUACAUUUCAUUAUAUGUUUCAUGCAGCAAUACACACGGCCACCAAUCCCACCAUAGAUCUGCAGUUGAAAUGUGUUCUACAUUUUGCCAUAAAUAAUUUCUGCUUGAAUCCUUGUCCUGUAGACCAAUGAAAAACUCUCCAUUUCCUGCAGGGUUUACCGGAGAGAAUAUAGACAUCUCCUGACUUUUAUAUUUGCUAUUAAUGAGAUAAACCGCAGUCCAGAUAUUCUUCCCAACAUAACUCUGGGAUAUCAUGUGUAUGAUUCUUGUGGACAUGUGAAUAAAGCUAUAAAAGACGUUCUACAGAUAUUGUCUGGACAUACAAAGGAAGCUCCAAAUUAUUCCUGUAUGGAGCGGGGGGCCCUGGCUGGUUUCAUUGGAGAUCUCAAUUCUGACACCACUCUCCAAAUGGCCCAGCUGCUGAAUCUAUAUGGUUACACCCAGAUUAGUUAUGGAGCCAGAGAUACUUUGCUGAGUGAUAGAAAGAUGUAUCCAAACUUUUUCCGGACAGUUCCGGAUGAUGAGAUGCAAUAUGUGGCCAUAGCAAAGUUACUGGAAAGGUUGAAGUGGAACUGGGUCGGGAUCCUUACAUCUGAUGAUGAAUACGGAGAGAGGGAGAUCCGACAUCUCAGCAAACAUUUAUCUGAUCAUGGAAUUUGUAUUGAAUUCAAGAUUCUGGUGUCUAAAGAGAAUUGUGAUAAAAUUCCUCCAGAGCUGCGGAGCUCAACCACAGAAGUUCUUAUUAUUUGUGGCUCAGCUAGUAUGACUUAUUACAAGUUUUUGUAUCAUAAUGUCCCUUAUCACAUGGAGAAAACAUUUAUUAUACCAGAUUCUUGGUCAAUGACUGAAAUAUUUUUUGCUCUCAGUAACUGCAGCUUGGCGUUUACAUUCCCCAAUCUCUACAUAAAGGAAAUGCUGGAAUAUUUUUAUAAUAUUUAUCCAUCCAGCCGCCCAAAUGACCCCCUGAUGGAAGAUAUUCUCAUAUCUGAAUUGCAAUGCUUUUCAAAAAACCAAAUGAAAAAUGUCCUAAUUCCACUCACAACUGGACGUCCUCUUAGGGACUGCAGUUUGGGGAAACUUUCGCUUGAUUUAUAUUUUCCUGAUGAGAAAACAUCCUAUAGAGUGUAUAUCUCAGUCUACAUUUUGGCUCAAGCAUUACAUGACAUGGAUUUCUUAUUUAAAAUAAAUAACAAACAACCUGAAAUAAAUCCACACACACUAAAGUAUAAGGUGAGAGCGUCCAAUGAAAGUUUACUUGAAUCUUUUUAUACUCGGUCAGUUCAGUACUGGAACACAAUGGGGCUGUCCCGCUAUGUAAAAGAAGUCCAGUACAAGGAUCAGAAUGGCGCGGUCAUGAUUUUUAAUGAUAAAAGAGAACUGCCCAGCCCAAUGGACAUUGUAAAUUGGAUUACAAGAAUUAAAGAUAGAAAUAUCACUGAUUGGAUGAUUGUGGGUCACUUUGAUGGGUUCCUUUCAGAGGGUCAGCAACUUACACUAGAUCCAGAGCAAAUAUCAUGGAAAGGAGACAAGCAGCUAAUCUCAAGACUACAGAAGGCUGGAUUCUGCUCCUGUUUGUUAUCAGAUCAUGCCCCAUAUUGGGUCACCCUAACGCCUUUUACUAGUUCCUCUACUCCAAACUGGAGGCUGAAUCCAUUCUGGUUAUCUAUAUUGCCGGAUACAGAUAAAUUGAACACAGAUAAUAACUUUAAUUGCGGCACAGCAAUCCCGCUGGCGGUAUGGAAAGCAUUUAAAAAAUAUGCCCGUCUACUACUAACAGAGCACAUCUCUAGAUAUAAGCAGUCUUCUAAAUCUUCCUAUGUUCAGGCAGUAGCUCAGGUAACCUCUUUGGAGGUGCUAUAUGAAACUUUACCCUCUGCAGAUGAUCUUACUAGACUCAAAAUUAGAGUUGUAUACCAGAUGUGUUAUGAGUGGUCUAGACAUAACAUUUUUUUCAAUAAGCAAAGAAUUUUUAAACAUGGACCUCACCCAGGUAAAUCAAUAGCUCAUCUGGCUCAUAUAGAUUCCAGACCCCCAGUGGUUAUUGCGCUAAGAUCACCUCCACAUGGUUUCAUUACAGACCCAGAAAUGAUUACAAGAGAAUCAUAUAGCUCUAUAUUAUCUCAGGUCCCAAGAGGCCAAUGCUCCGAGGAAUGUCUUCCGGGGUUCAGAAAAUCUGUAAGAGAAGGAUAUCACCCAUGUUGUUAUAAUUGUGCUCCAUGUUCAGAAGGAGAAAUAUCAAACCAAUCUGACAGUGAACUCUGCAAGAAGUGUCCUGAAAAUGAAUGGCCUAACAAAGCUAAAACUAUUUGUAGUGACAAGGUCAAUGAGUAUUUAUCAUAUGAGGAGGACAUUCUAGUUUUAUUUUUUUCUAUAACUUCAGUCAUAUUUGCUACAACAUCUAUCCUUAUACUUGGACUAUUUGUUUGGUUUCGGAGCACUCCCAUAGUCAGAGCCAAUAACCGGAACCUCAGCUUCAUUCUGCUCCUCUCCCUCAUACUGAGCUUCCUUUCUGUAUUCCUGUUCCUUGGCCGUCCUGUGGAUAUUACCUGUAUGCUGCAACAAGUCACUUUUGGAGUUCCCUUCACCAUCUCAGCAUCUUCUAUCCUCGCCAAAACCAUCAUGGUCUUCAUUGCUUUUAAAGCCACCAGACCUGGAAGCUCUUGUAGAAAAUGGGUGGGAGUCAAACUUCCCAAUACAGUCAUGUUAUUCUGCUCAUCCAUUCAGGUUAUGAAUUGCAUUCUCUGGUUGUCCAUCUCUCCACCAUUUCAGGAGUAUGACAUGGACUCCUAUCCUGGGAAGAUCAUCAUUCAGUGUAAUGAAGGGUCAGUUAUCGGCUUCUACUCUAUGUUGGGUUAUAUGGGGUUUCUGGCAGCUGUGAGUUUUCUUCUGGCUUUCAUGGUGAGGACAUUACCGGACAGUUUUAAUGAGGCCAAGUACAUCACCUUCAGCAUGCUGGUGUUCUGCAGUGUCUGGAUUGCCAUGAUCCCGGCCUAUCUGAGCACCAGAGGGAAAUACAUGGUGGCUGUGGAGAUAUUCGCCAUACUGACCUCCAGUGCUGGAAUAUUAUUGUGUAUGUUUUCUCCAAAACUCUACAUUUUACUUUUCAAACCUGAACUGAACACAAGAGGGACAAUGCUGGGGAAGAGAAUGAUGGAAAUGUAACACAUUGAUUCAAUGUAUAAU